AAACGCGACCACGUCACACGCAGUCUAUCGGGCCGACCUCGCUUGGCCCCUUAAAGUGGCUCUCCCGAACGAAAAUCUUACAUGUCGGCCGAUAUCGCUUUUGUUCAUUUUAACAUAGUGAUACUACUAUUUAUUUACCAUUUAUUUAUUGAAUAUUGGUGUUAACGAAUGCCGGAUUAAAUAUUAGGUACUUUAUUUCACUGAUAAGAAGAUAAAAAAUACAUCAAGAUCAUCAUCUCGAUUAAACGUAAGUUUUCGUAGAUUGACCAAAUUACGUCCGCCAUUGUUGUGAUUGGGUGAAACGCGAAGGGGAAAUAACGAAGACGUCGUUCUUAUAUUUUUACGCAUGCGCCACUACUGCCACAAUUCGUUUCUUCGUUUAAAAUUUUCAAAAACUCGAGAAUCAAGACAUUGAAAAUAUUUAAAAAUAAUUCAUUGCAGUUCUGUUACCGUUUCUACCGACUAUUAUAGAUGAAUUUAUUACAAGUAUCUUAUUCCUUAAAAAUUAAAACCAGUAAACGGAAUAAAAUAUUAUUGAGAAGCAGAUAAAUUUUUUUGCUACUUCGUUGAUUUUUUACGUGCACCUGCCUGAUUGGUUCUAAUCUACAUGAAAUAACUAACUGUACCAAGUGAUACAUGUUAUAAAAACAAUAGAUUCCAUGGAAAAUUUUCUAAUGGAAUAAUAAUUUUUUUCAUCGAUUUUAUUUAUUAUCAAUCUUUAAUAAAUAUUCAUAAAAAAUAAUCAUUAAUUAAAAUUAACUUUAAUGAUUAAUGACAAUAAUGAUAAUAUUCCUAAUGGAUAAAACAUGGAUGAUUCUAUUAAAUAAUAAAUUUAUAAAGAAAAUGGUUAUUAUUCAUUAUCAAAGGUAAGAGAAUCAAUGCAACAAUUAAAAAACGAUAGACUAAUGUCAGAAACAGCCGAAGAACGUGCUAUACGGCUUUAUACAGCAGCAGAAAGGAUGAAAAACGUGCGUGCUAAGGAGACAGAAGAACAAGCCGCACUCAGAAGAAUGCAAGAAGCACAGAGAAUGGCUAGGCAUAGAGCUAAAAAGAAGAGAUGUCUUGAUGAAAAUUUAGCAAGAGAAAUAUCAAAAAUUGCUGAACUUUCAAAAAUGCCUGAUGCUGCUACAAUAGCUCAAAUGUCGGAGAUGAAUAUGAAUAAAAUUUCUGCAGAAUUAAAACAAAUGAUGGAAAGAGGUAAAGUACCAGAACAUAUUGUUCAAAUGGCUCAAUUAGCAGAGUUUAGUAAAAUGACCGAAUUAAAUAAAAUGUCUCAAGACAUGGCCAAAAGAUAUGAAAUGGAAAAGAUGGCAGAGUAUGCGAAAACAACAGAAUACAUAAAGAUGCAAGAAAUAGCCAAAAUGUCAGAACUUGCAAAAAUGAACGAAAUGGUAAAAUUUAGCGAAAUGGCAAAGUACAAUGAUAUAUCAAAAAUGAAUGAGAUAGCAAAAAUGAAUGAAAUGAUGAAAAUGUCACAAAUGGCAAUAAACGAAGUUCAAAGAAUGAAUGAGAUAGCUAAGCUAAAUGAAAUGGUAAAGAUGACAGAAAUGGCAAAAAUGAGUGAAAAAACUAAGAUGAAUGAAAUGAUGAAAAUGGCUAAUAUGCAAAAUGAUAUAACAAAAAUGCCAGAGUAUUCGAAAAUGGCAGAAAUGGCAAAGUUAACAGAAUUAGCAAAAUUAAAUGAGAUAACAAUAACAAAAUUAAACGAUCCUCCACCUCCAAAGGUACAGGAAAUUCCACGGAUUCCUGAACCAGUAAUUACGGUGCCAAAUCCGAGGAAUUUACAGAGUGUCCAGACAGUUCAAGUCGCUCAAUCAAGCCCUUCAAGUACUAUUAACUUUCCAUCAGUUCCUGGACAAGGAAAGUACGCUCAACUUUUAGUGAUCAUUGAAGAAUUGGGUAGAGAUAUUCGUUUAUCUUAUGCAGGAAGCCGUAGUGCUGCUGAAAGGCUUAAAAUGGGUAUUCAACAUGCGCGAAUUCUUGUAAGAGAAUGUCUCCUAGAGACAGAACAUAAUGCACGGCAAUGAUCUGUUAAUAAUUUUCUAGACUCUGUAGAUUGAUAAUUUGAUUAUGUUUAUAAUAACAUAAUUUAUCUCUGGUACAAAGAGUCUCAUUAAUUGAUUGAUCAAUCGAUAAAAGAAUAUAAUAGCAAUGAAUAAUUACGAUGAUGGAAAGAUGAAAAUUUUUUGAUUGAUAAAGACUACGAAAUAGGUUUGAUACCAAGAAAAAAAAAUAGAAAAGUUAAGUGAUCUCUGUGGUUUAUUUUUAUUUUCUCAAGUUUUGUUAUCUUAUAAGAGUAUUUUCUAUAAUAAAAUAGGAUUUAUAUAAAUAAUAUAAUACAUAUAUAUAAAUAUUUUUUCCACAAAUAUAAAACAUUUUUGAGACCCUUUGGAAAGAGAUACCAUACGUUUUAGUAUAACAAAAAAAAAAAAAAACGAUGGUAGUAUUUUUUAAUGGACUAUUUUAGUCAUAAACAA